AUGGAGGAGUACGAGUUUUUGGUCCGAGUGAGGGAGGCUGGGGGGUUCGACAUCGAGCAUUUAAUGGACACAAAACCAUCCUCUUGUGUGAUCGGUUGUCGCGAGUUUGAUAAUAAUGAUGAUUACAACGCCCAUAUUGUCCUUUUUGCUAGGAUGGGGAUCCAUAAGUACAAUAUGAUACAGGGGACGAACUUGCAGCUCAGUUGCGUAGAGAAAUACAAUUAUCGAUCUCCAAGAGUAUAUUCCGCCUUCUAUAUAACCUUGAUUGCUAAGGAUCCAGAUGCAUGCAAUUCCCUUGUGACUUUUCAGACAAGGGUUGUUGAAGAAGGCUUUAACAUGACGAAACUGUCUUGCAAUAUCGCUAGACCUAAGCCCGGACCACAAGAAAACGCUGCGUUGCCACGGCAUUCUGUGGAUCUUGAACCGGUAGAUGUAUUCUACAAAGGUAGUUUGCCUGAGUGGCCACCAGAGGAUGCUUUCAAUGAUAAUAUAUAAACGAUUUUACGUGGUGAAAAAAUCAGAGCUGCUAACACAUGACUGGAUUCGUUUAUACAUGGAACUUGCUUUCCUAAAAGCGCAUUUGAGAUCGCCUAAAAAUCCGAAUCUAUCUAAGUUGGUGAUUGUCAUGGUAGCGAUAGAAACUAAAGAUAAUAUGGAGCCGCCAAGUGAGAGACUCAAGGCCAGGAAUGCAUUUUUCUACAUAAAGUACAAGUACCACGCGAAUAAAGGACGGGGUCCUAAGCGUCGUCUUGGUCAUAAGACUCCUGAUCGCAUAGCUAUAGUAAGAAGAACCUUAGACAAGAAUACAGGAUACCUCACUCUCGAGUUCCCAGAGCCAAUACUAUAA